UUCUUUCAUCAUAUCUCUUAUCAACCUCAAAAGCUCUUCACUUGUUUAACUAAUCACUUCUCCUUUACUUUCAGUUUUCAUCAACACGUCUUAUAAAACAUGGGUUUCGCAAGUUACACUGACGAGUACACUUCCCCUAUCGCUGCAUCAAGGAUCUUCAAGGCCUCCAUCCUCGACUCUCACAACUUGAUUCCAAAACUCUUGCCACAAGGUAUUCAAAGCAUGAAACUGAUUCAAGGUGAUGGAGGAGCUGGAAGCAUCAAGCAAAUUAAUUUUAUAGACGGUCGCAAUUUCAAUAGUGUGAAGUACCAUAUUGACGAGCUCAGUGAAGAAAACUACACCUAUAACUAUACGUUGCUAGAAGGCGAUGCCUUAGUGGAAAACCUUGAGAAAAUUACUUACGAGGUUAAGUUUGAGGCCUCUCCAAGUGGUGGUACCAUCUCUAAGGUGACCAGCAAGUAUUACACCAAAGGUGAUUUCAUGCUUAAGGAAGAGGACAUCAAGGCCGGCAAGGAUAAAGUUAUGCUGAUGUACAAAGUUGUUGAAGCCUACCUCCUCCAAAACCCUGACGCCUACGUCUAGAGGCUUCGUUUCCUCUUUUAGCUGUUUCGUGCUCUCCAAAAGGUCAUGCGAUAUAUGUAUGGUGUGUCAUGUGUUUUACAGUUUGGUUCGUACCAUUUUGUCACGGAAUAAGGAGAUUUGACUCCAGUCAUCUCCUGUAAUUAAGUGCUUGUAUUUCCAUCUUAUACAAUAAAGAAGCUUUUUUCAAUAAAAA